AUCCUAGCAGACCACAGUUCAUGAUGUCGAGAUACGGCAAAUCACACAAAGUCUUUAUUCGUGGCUGGGAGUGUUUGAGCUCGAUGGUGGGCGAGAUUGCCUAGUGAUACGUCGGCAUAGUAAACUAUGGUUUGGGAUGAGUGAAAAUCACAUCCACGUCAAACGGCACGUAGCAUCGCUGUGGUGAUGCAAGGCACCAUUCAGAUUGCCUGAAGGACCCUGAGACCCCUUUCAAUGUCGGGGUGACAGCUUAAGGGUGAUGUCAUGUCGAAAGCUUUCGAAGCUUCACAAGGCUGGAGUGAGAUUGAAGCAUCUCGAAACGUUCUGACACUAGAUCUACAUCAACAUUUGACGAUUCUGUUAAUACUGCCACUAAACUACCUCGCGUUUAAGUGAAGUAUUUCAUCAUGCCGUUGGGUAUAAUCACUUCCAUCGCAGCGUGUCCUGCCAUUAUCGGCACCACGGAAGCCGUCCAACAAGGCAAGAAGCAGAACUCGAGAGAGAAACAUAGAAGUCGCAAAGCCAACCUCCUCGUCACUUGCCAUGACCCAUCACGCAAAGCACGAGAUAUCCACGGCGGGACUGUCGUCUUACGAAACAACAAGCUCUACUGCACAAACGUAAACCCCAAAUCCAAAUACCUCCCGGACGAAGGCUACGACAACGAAGCCUCGCAAGGCCACCUCUUCGCCGGCUACUUCUUCCCCUACCCCGAGUCCUCCUGGGGCCGCCGCGGCGAAGGCUACGUCUCGACCAUCAUGGACGACCCGCCACAACUAAACUGGAUAUACGUCGACAAGGACACCUACGAAGUCAAAUACGGCCUGAAGAAAGAUACGAUCGGACACCAUGUGGGACCGUGGAACGUGACGCCGAUUGAUCGGCGCCUAAAUCUGGAUGGGUGGGAGGGCUUCACGGUGGUGGAAGAGGAGGAGGGCGUUUGGGCGCUGUAUUUUGAUUGGGAUGAUGAUGGGUUGGAUGGGAAGGUUGGGCUGGAUAAGAGGAUCAUGGAGGUGGAGUUGAGUCGGAAGGAGAUUCGGAUGAUGAAGGGGGAUUGUAUUAUGUGAAGAUAAUCUUGUGCUUUGAGGUUUGGCUGCGACGGAGUUUUGGGCAUUGCAGGCGCGAAGGAAUCGGACUGGCUGGCGGCGUAUGGAAAAUACGCUCAUCUCACUUGAAGAGAAUGGCUUAAAUUGAAUAUUUCGUUGUUGAAUGAUGCUCAAUCUUGAAAUAUUGUUCACCGAAG